AUGCAUAAUAGUACUGUUAUUAAUAAUAGUGAAUCAUGGGAUAUCUAUAGAAUAGAUCCCACAGAAGACCUUUUUACAGAAGAAGUUAUUAAAAAUGAAAUCAAUAAUGAUCCAAUACCAAAAGAGUCUGAUUUCAAUGGUCUCUACGAUACUCUUCUAACAAAGGAAAUGACUCCUUCUUCUACUGAUACCUCUAUGUCUUCAUCUGAAGAAAAUCUCUUUAUAGAUGAUCUUAAAUUACCUAAGCGUAUUACAAUCAAUAAGAAGAGGAUCAAACGAAUUAAAAGAAGUACAAAUCAAAGAAUUAUCAUGUUUGUACACUCACUGCUAUCAACCAUGCUAUCUCUAUCAGUCUUACUUGUGUUUGUUAUCAUUGCAAUAUAUAAAACAAGUAAAACAUUACUAUUCGAUACUUUUAUCUACAAAAACUUACGACCUCAUGAGGAUCUAUUAGAGGUGCCAGAUGAGCUACUUACACAAGACGAAACUUACUAUGCAGAUCGAUGGGGUUACACAAGUGAAAUGCACCAAGUUGUUACUAAAGACGGUUAUGUUCUGAAUAUGUAUCGUAUUUAUAAAAAAACACUAAACCUCAAGCGUCCUGUUAUGAUUGGUCAUGGCUUAUUCCAAUGUUCUGGCGCAUUUGUUUUAAAUGAAGAAAGAUCAUUAGCUUUUACGUUAAGUGAUGAAGGUUAUGAUGUCUGGGUAGGUAAUAAUCGCUCUAUUACAGGCUAUGAUCAUAUUUCGCUAUCUCAUAAGGACCCAGAAUAUUGGAACUGGGGACUAAAAGAAUUAGGUGUUUAUGAUUUUUGUGCGAUGAUUGAAUACAUAAAGGAGUAUACUGGUUUCUCAAAGGUCGCUUAUAUUGGACAUUCUCAAGGAAAUGCUCAAGCAUUUAUUGCAUUAAAACUUUGUCCUGAUAUAAAGGAUAGUCUAAGUUGUUUUGUAGCAUUAGCUCCUGCUGUAUUUUCUGGUGAUUUGGUCAAAAAAUUCCCGCUUUGUCUUUUAAUUAAUUUGAGCGAUUGGAUAUACACAUUAAUGUUUGGCAAAACAUCAUUUUUACCCAUUAUGAAACUAGUACAAACAAUGAUAGAACCUAGAAUUUUUAGUUUUUUAGCCUAUAGUAUGUUUUCUUAUCUUUUUAAUUGGUGGGAUAAUCAUUGGUUGCGUAGAAGAAAAGUUAAAUAUUUCCAAUUCACUCCCCGUCCAGUGAGUGCUCGGUUAAUUUCAGAUUGGCUUGCAGGUUGGGGACGUAAAGGAACAUUACUUUAUGUGGCAGAUAAAGAACAAGAAGAUGAUGAUACUAAAAAAGAUACAACCAAAAAGGUUCCCUUAAUUGUAUUUUAUGGUACAUCAGAUUACUUGGUAAAUGGAGAACGAUUUGUAAGAACCUUUCCUGGCUAUGAGAAUCAUGGUCUAGGUGAACAAUCACCUCCAGUCAAUGAUAGUCGACCCUUAUUUUCUAUGCUAAAUUUAGUACAAGUUGAACGCUUGGUUGGCUAUGAACAUAUGGAUACUAUUUGGGGACAUGAUAAUCAUAAAACAACUUAUCCUAUCAUCUUAAAAAACCUUAAAAAUAUUAAAGAAUGGAAUUAA